UUCAUUCAAAGAAGCGGACACACAGACAGACAGUCAGUCAGACAGACAGACCGAGAGACAGACAGACAGUUGGUGUGUCUCCUCUGCAGAGCGGCAGCAGUGCGGUCACCGGGGCCGGUGUUGGUUGGUGUUGGUCGGUGUUGGAGUCACAGACGGACCGGCGGACCGACAGAUAGCGGACAGGUUGCACUGCAGUGAUGUCAUCACUCCUCCUCCUCUUCCUCCUGCCCUUCCUCAUCCUCACCCCGGCCUCCACGUUGGAGUUCCGUUACCAUAACAACCGUGAGAUUGAGCAGUAUCUCCUCCAGGUCAACGCCUCCAACCCCGACGUCACACACCUGUACAGCAUCGGCCGCUCUGUCAGAGGUCAGCAGCUGUGGGUGUUGGCUCUGGGUCUCAGUCCUCGCCGUCACACUGUCGGCAUCCCCGAGUUCAAAUAUGUGGCUAACAUGCAUGGAAACGAGGUUCUCGGCCGGGUGUUGAUGCUACAGCUCAUCGAUGACCUGCUGCGUGGUUACCGAAAUAACGAAACAUGGUCACUGCAGUUACUGAACAGCACCCGGAUCCACAUCCUGCCGACGAUGAACCCUGACGGCUUCGAUGCAUCAGACACAGACUGCCAGUACAGCCAGGGCAGGGUCAACCAUAACGGCAUCGAUCUGAACAGGAACUUCCCCGAUGCCUUCGCUGGUCUCCGGAAGCAGCAGCAGAUUGACGAGGAGAAGAGGGAGGCAGAGGUCAGAGCUGUGAUUGGCUGGUUGAAGAUGGAGAGUUUUGUUCUCUCUGCCAACCUCCAUGGAGGAGCUCUGGUGGCCAGUUAUCCUUACGACAACAGCAACGGAGGCAGUGAGCUGGUGGGCGGGGCCAGCAUCUCCCCCGACAACGACGUGUUCAUUCACCUGGCCAAGGUGUACUCCCACAACCACGGCUCCAUGCACCACGGCGACCGCUGCGCGGACAGCAGACCGUUCCUGGACGGCAUCACCAACGGGUACCAGUGGUAUCCUCUGGCAGGUGGGAUGCAGGACUAUAACUACGUGUGGGGUCAGUGUUUGGAGUUGACUCUGGAGGUUUCCUGCUGCAAGUUUCCUCCCGCCGACCAACUUCCUGCUCUGUGGACGGAGAACAGGAAGUCUCUGCUGUCCUUCAUCCAGCAGGUUCACCUGGGGGUCAAAGGUCGCGUGUUCAAUGGCUCCGGAGUGCCAGUCCAGAAUGCAGUGGUGGAGGUCAAAGGUCGCAGGAAUCUAUGUCCGUUCAGAACUGACAGACAUGGAGAAUAUUACAGACUGCUGCUGCCUGGGAACUACAGCUUCACAGUGACGUACCCAGGUCACGAGGUUUUGACGGAGACUCUUAACGUACCGUAUGGUCCUGAUCACUACUCUGCCAUGACACAUGACUUCCUGUUGCGUCAAAUCCCCACAACGACUGGCCGCACCCCGGUUCACCCCUCCCAAGCUAACACCACCCCUCCCUGUAACUACACCUUACACCUGGAGGGAGGCGGAGCCAUCUCUGGGCCUUCGUGGACAGGGCUGGGUGCAGGGCUCGGCCUUGUGGCGGCGCUUCGAUCCCUAAUCGACUGAAGCAGCCCUGGUGCUCGGUGUGAUGGUCGCAGGUUUGAACCCUCGACCUGCAAGAAGGCAAACAAACAAAGCACAAUAACGUGGUCGACCAGAAGUUUCUGAAGGUUAACCACUCGCCAUUAGCUUCGUCACUACUGAAAGAUUCUACUCUGAGGGCAAAUGGGGUGAAGCAGGGCGGAGUUUAAAACCCUGGUUACAACAGAAAGCAGUACUUCAUAUGCAUGUCCUCACAGAAGAGGCGGUGCUUGAAGCUUUUGGACGUUGUGACUGCUCGCCAUCAGAGGCCGGUUCCACAGAAGACAUUUUGACACUGAAGAAAACACUUGAAGAAAACAAAGCCAUCGCUAACGUUAUUACUAACACCUGUGCUCUUCCUACUAUGAUCAAUAUAAAAUAUCUAUUGUAUAAAAGCCGUACUGGCAAACUACUGUAGCUAGCAACCUAACACGCUAGCAGCUGGUAACAUUGUAAUGGCCAAUCUAGCUGGCUUGCUAAAUAGCCAGCUCGUAUACCAGGACAAAUCAAGCAUUUGUUUUGUGUGACGAUAAAACCACACAGUUUAUUCAUACCCUCCUGGUUAAUGGUGAACUACUGCACCUGGCAAAAUAACAGCUAACACGUUAGCCACCAGCGAACAUUGCAAGUCUUGUCAGUCACUAUGGCCAAGCUCGCUGGCUUGUCGACUAGCUAUUAGGAUUUAGUAUUGUCGUACCUCAGUUUGGAUAGUAGCCUACAACCUUCCAUGUAGUUCACUGUACACUAUGCACUUCCGUAAUUUCAAGCCGUGCUCUCAAAUGCGAAUGUGGCUGAUUAGCACUUACGGGAAAUGACAAUCCCAGCAUUUGACCGGUUCUUCUUUUUUUGGCAAUUGCAGCCAAAUGUAGCAUUACCGCCAACAUAUCUGCCGCUUGUGCAGCUUCCUCACCCACCAUUGUUACAGUUUUGGUGCUCCCUUCCUUCUGCUGCAUAGCCAAGAUGGCCACCACUAGGGCGAGAAGUGUCCAGCGUUUCACAAUCCACUUUAUCACUUCGCAUACACCAUCCGGGUAGCACACUGCAUUUUGCCGUACCUGGCAGCAUGAAUGCUCUUAUACUCAAAAUAGCAAGUGUUAAGUGAGCAACACUUUUGUCGAGUCACAAUAAAAUCACACAGUUCAGUCAUACUUCCCGGGUUAAUUGGCACGCUACUGUAGCUAGUGAGCUAAUCAGCUAACACGUUAUCUGCCAGUGAACAUUGGGAGUGCAUCUCAGUUACAGUAGCUAAGCUAGCUGGCUUGCUAAUUAGCUUCCAGUAUUUAGUAUUUUUUCUUUGUGACGAUAAAACCCAACAGUUUAUUCAUACUGGCAGGGUUAUAAGGUGAACUAUUGUAGCUAGCAAGCAGAUCAGCUAACACACGAGCCACCAGUGAAAAUGCGAGUGCUUGUCAGUUAAAUGGCAAAGCUAGCUGGGUUGCUAAUGUUUUGUGUGACAAUAAAACCACACAGUUUAUUCACACUGACAUUGUUAACUACUGGAGAACUACUGUAGCUGGCGAGCUAAUCUGCUCAAUAGUCACUGAUUCGCUAACAAACUAGCGAACACUAGCUCAGCCUCUAAAUGUUCAAGGUUGAAUUUAUCCAGAAACCCUACUUACACCUCUGACUUCAGUCUCACAACUGUCUCCAAACCAUUCCCUUUUUUGUGUGAUGCAGUUUGUUCUCCGUCAGAGGAAGUUAUAUCAAAUGUGACGGUGCAACUCAGCUAGGUCGCUAAUUAGCGUCUUCUGUUUUGGACUCUUUAGCACUCCGUUUCAUUAAAUCAGCACUGUUUAGAUGUUUUUUUUGCUAUUAAUGUGGAAAUUCACUGACAAAAAGUUUCCACAGAUUUAUUCACAGUGGUUAAAGUGAAAAUAAUUUAUUUGGUGGUAAAUUUCCACCAUUUUAGAUGAUUAGCAACUCUCUCGGAGGCUUAUUAGUAAUGGUUUGAUUUUUGAAAAUUUAUUCUUAGAAGUGAAAUUUAUUAAAAGAGCUGCUGGACAUGUGACAACUUUGCAUUUCUAGAUUUUUUUUUUUUUUUUUUUAAAAAGAU